AUGUUUCAAUCAUACGCAAAUCAAAAUCAAACAACUCCAACAUUCAAAACAAAGAGACUUUUGUUGGAACCAUUCACCUUUGAUGCAACCAAAGCUUUGAAUCAAGAAGAAGAUGAGGAAUGGGAGACAAUAGAAGAAUUGGCUGGUGAUGCAAAGGUGGCAAUGACUACUCAAUUUAUUCCUCAUCCUUAUCCAACAGGUGCUUCAAAAAGUUGGAUUGCAUCACAACAAAAGGCAUGGUCAACAGGUACAGAUAUGACAUUGGCCAUUAAAUUAAUUGAACAAGGUCCAACAAAAAGUAAAAUAAUAGGUGUAAUAUCAAUAAUGAGUGAUAUUUAUAAUGGUACAAAUAUAUUAAAGUUGGGGUAUUGGAUUGGUUCACCCUAUUGGAACAAUGGGUAUGCCACCGAGGCAUCAUUGGUCAUUGUCGACUUUGUAUUCAACACACUCAAUAUUUCUUGUUUGUGGGCUUCUUGUAUGAGCCACAAUAUUGGAUCGGAAAGAGUAUUCCAAAAGAUUGGAAUGAAAUAUCAAUACUCUCAACCUUUGGUCAUUAGAGGUCAACCAAUCGAUUGUAAAUUUUAUAAUAUAACUAAAUAA